AUGCCGGCUCAUUGUUGUGCAUUUGGUUGUAAAAGUAGACAAACGGCUGGUGUAAAUUUGAAGUUCUUUCGUAUACCAAAGGAUGAACACCUGAGAGUUAAGUGGGUUUCGGCCAUUAAGCGGGAAGAUUGGGAGCCCUCCGACCAUUCCCGAAUUUGCUCCAAGCAUUUCAUAAGCGGACAGCCUUCCAGAGAGCCAACAAACCCAGAUUAUGUGCCCUCCAUAUUUUGCCAUCGACCCAUCCAUGAGGGCGUACUCCAGGAGAAAGUUCAGCGACACCAAAGGCUUGUGGAGAGGAAGGAGAAUAAAGCCAGGAAUGAGUCUGCCCAGGCCCUCCUUACUCUGAGCAAGGAAGAUCCUCCUGUGUGUGUGAUGGGGACCUCAACACAGACACCUGUGGUACAUCUGAGUGAUUCAGAAGUGCAGACUGAUAUAACACUUCCAGUGAUGACAAGCCUCAUAAUUACAAACCAGUAUUUGAAAAGUGUGUGUGACGAUAAUGCAAAGACAAUCAAGGAACUGAAACAAGACCAGGAAAAACUUCAAGACAUCUGUUGUGAACAGGAAGAAGAGCUAAAAGCCCUGAAAGCCAAACUUCAGCACCAAGAGGAAGAGAAUAGACUGUUAAUGGAAGAGAUAAACAAAAAGACCAUAAGUUUCAAGAACAUUAAGUGUGAUGACAGGAAAACAAAGUUUUAUACAGGAUUUCCAAACUUCAGUACCCUAAAUGCAGUGUUCCAUGAAACCUCAUCAAAAGUGAACAGAAAGAGAACUAAACUUCCAAAAGAGGAUGAACUUCUCCUGACUCUUGUUAAAUUACGAAGGAACCUUGCCAUGGCGGACUUAGCCUACCGGUUCAACAUAAGCCAGUCAUCAGUGACCAACAUAUUUCAUGCAUGGUUAGAUGCCCUUUAUUCUACUUUGGGAGGUCUUGUGCGUUGGCCAGAAACGGAUGCAAGAGCACAGACCUACUCUAACUACAAGAGGCACAACACCAUUAAGAUUCUCGUGGGUGUGAGUCCUACAGGUUGUGUGACUUUCCUGUCUACAUGUUGGGGAGGACGAGUAAGUGACAGACAAAUCACAUGUGAAUCCGGGCUUCUUGACAAACUCUUACCAGGAGAUGUUGUACUAGCUGAUAGAGGCUUUAACAUGACAGAGGAUUUUGCCCUUAAAGGAGCCCAGCUCAUAGUGCCUGUUUACACUAAAGGGAAAAGCCAGCUACCAAAGGAGGAUGUCGAGAAGUCUCGCAUGAUGUCGAGAGCUCGGAUCCACAUUGAGCGUGUCAUUGGGAGGAUGAAGGACUUCGAGAUCAUCAAAGGCCCAUUACCUAUAAAUCUAGUCAAGAGGAAGUCAGACUCUCGCAUUACAGCCGGGGACAAGAUAGUGCGUGUUGUAGCUGCCAUUGUCAACACCAAUGAUGCCAUUUUGUGA